CGGAGCAGCUGUCAUGUGAUACCCUGACCGAGGAGCUGCUGCUGUUCUCAGUGGCUUCCUACCUCCUUUUUUUACAUGAAGCUUAGAUAGAAAACAACCACAACAAAGACCAGAGGAGUAGUCGCACGCGCUCUGGAGACACUGCUGGGUUUUACUGGACACACUCAGGGGGAGCUGGGGUUGUUUUAAUUUGCCCCCCUCGCUCGGACGCUGCCAUGGGUUGCUGUUACAGCAGCGAAAACGAGACCACAGAGCAGGACCCUGAACGGAAGCCGCUGAUCCCUCCGAACCCUGUCAGCAAACCUCCAAAUGGGACAGACUGGAUCACGACCACGGUCCCGUCCGCGCGGACAGAUGAACAGGCCCUCCUUACGUCCAUCCUCACUAAGACAGCACAGAACAUCAUCGAUGUCUCAGCAGCUGACUCCGUCAUGAUGGAGCAACAUGAAUACAUGGACAAAGCUCGGCAAUACAGUACGAAGCUGGCCGUGCUGAGUAACAGUCUGCCCCAGAAGAAAGCCCUGGCGCUCCCCUCCCUCACCAGCCAGCCCCACCAAGUGCUCGCCAGCGACCUGGUGCCAUACUCAGAUGUUCAGCAGGUGUCCAAGAUAGCAGCUUACGCUUACAGUGCAAUCUCUCAAAUCAAAGUGGAUGCUAAAGAAGAACUAGUCGUGCAGUUUGCCAUUCCUUGAUUCUGCAACUCUGGCCUGCAUAUUCUUUCUCCCAUCCCGCUCUCUCUCUCUCUCUCUCUCUCUCUCCCUCUCUCUCUCUCUCUCUCUCUCUCUAAGUCACUUCUUGCAUCCUCACCCUCCAGCCCACUCCUUUAUAUAUAUAUAUAAAAAAAAAAGAAGAAGAGCAUUGUGGUCCUUGUGCUUCUUAGCUAUAUGCCUCUAACUUGCUACUAAAGGCAGAGAGACGAUAUAGGAUUGCACCUCAAGUCCUUUUUACUGUACUUAAUGAUGGAUCAAUGAAAAGCAGUCGUCAUGGGUAACAGAAGAGACGGGGCCCUCCUCCUCUCUACUUUUAAUGCCUGGAUCACAGCGUUUGGCGUUUGGACGUUUGGCGUUUGUCUGAACCGGAUGUGUGGAGAAAAAAAAACAUCAUCCAUCCUUCUUGAUGAGCUCUA